AUGGGCUUCAUUCUACAAACUAGCAUCAUUUUCGCCGUGAUACUCGGCGUGGCCUUGCAGCUCAUCCUCAAGGACCCGAUCUGGCUGGGCUUAGGCAUCGGCAAGACGUUCCAGCCUCUAUCCGAUUUCCCCUACUCAUGUCGCCGCAUCGAGGAACCUAGACUGCAGGCAUGCGAGGACAUGUGGCUGUCCGAGGCCACGCGCCAGCUCUUCCUCGCAUGCUCCGACCCCCUCGCCCGCCAGCAAUGGAUGCCCAAGUACGUGCUUCGGGCCUCCCCUACCGCCCCGGCUCCCGCUCCCGCCCCCGCUCAACACAUGAACGCUUCGGGCCGCUCCAAGCAGGACGCCAUCGUCGCAUUGGACAUUGACAGCCCCAAGGGCGACGCGUUCGAGUACCGCGUUCUCGAGACGCCGGGUUUUACGGGCACCGCCGGCGACGGGCUGCUUCAGCUCGUCGGGCUGACGGGCAUUGACGCACCGCAAGGCGACAGGGUCGAGCUUUUCUUGGUUAACAACCGCCCAUCCGUUGAUCCCGUCACCGGCGAUCUCCUCGAUCAGAAGAGUGUGGGCGCCAACUCGACAAUUGAGAUCUUUGAGACCGGUCCUCGGGCUAUGGGAAUGAAGCACGUCCGUACCUUUGCCAGCGCUAACAUUUCGACCCCGAAUAACAUCGCCGCCUUGUCUAGCGAAGCAUUUUACUUUACAAAUGCUAAUGGCCCUCACAAAGUCGGACUGCAAUUCUUUAUCGGUCCCUUGAUGGGUGACGGCGAUGUUUCCUUCUGCUCCGCCUCAUCGGGAUGCAAGCGCAUCUCGGAGCGUCACAGAAUGCCCAACGGCCUGGUCCGCGGCCGCGACGCCUUCAUCUACGUCCCGAGCUCCUUGGCAGGCGGCGUGCAAGUCUUCGAAGUCCUUCCGAAAGACGACGGGUUGAAAAAGGUGGCCGAUAUUCCAGUGCCCUACGCCAUCGACAACUUGUCCGUGGAUAGCAAGGGUGACAUCUUCGCCGCGGUGUUCCCGCGGGGCAUCGAGAUCCUCCUAGCGGGCAAGGACCCGCUGAACGUGAGGCCCAAGAGCGCGGCGGUGCGUAUCCGCAAGGAGGCCGAGGGUGAUUACGUGUGGGAGAAGAUUAUUGAGGAUGGUCUUGGAGAGGUGCUGCCGGGGUCUACUACAGUUGUGCACGAUGCCAAGACGGGGAGGUUGUUCUUUGGUGGGGUAACGUCGCCGUUUAUAGCAGUCUGUGAGCCCAAGAACUGA